AUGAAAUUGGCGAAGACUGCCAGAGGCGUCCUUAAAAGCCUACGGCGAAAACAGACCAACCUACAGUCAAUCAAGACCUCACAGGCUCUGUCGUCGCGUUAUCAUGUCUUGCUAAGCGACUCCGGGGUGGGAGACACGCCUGAGAAGGAAGCUGAAUCCCAGUCUGCGUUCGCGUCAACGCGUCAUCGGAAGAAGGCACGGCGGCCCGCAGCAGGGAUCCCUGGGAAAGAAGUGAGAGAGCGUCUCGAGCAGGGCAACAUGGGGCAAACCUCAAUUGCCAUUCACGAGGAUGCACACGAGCGGUUUUGUGGCGGUGAAGGCGAGGUGGACAACAUGGUGCAGUGCCAGGCCGAAGAGGAUGACUUUCUUCACGAUUCUUUGUUAGAAGAGUCCGAUGAGAGUGAUGACGACGACGACGACGUCGACGAGAGUGUGGUCGAUGAUAUGCGCAGACUCGAGGAAAGCUUCAGAGGCAUAUCCCAGAAAUACAGACUCAUCAAUCGCAUUGGCGAAGGUACCUUUUCAACCGUAUACAAGGCCGAACAACUGGUCCAGGCGCACGAGCUGGAUCAGGAAAAUGAAGACCCUACGAACGAGUCCUCGUCGGACGCCCCCCCUUCCAAGAGGCGGAAAACAAGCGUCCCGUCUGGUGCGGUUAACAGACCACGGAGGAAAGGACUGAUUGUCGCCUUGAAGAAGAUCUAUGUGACGUCUUCACCUCACCGCAUCAUGAAUGAGCUGGAACUUUUACACGAAUUACGCCACUCACCAUACAUCUGUCCCCUGCUGACGGCUUUCCGUCAUCACGACCAAGUCGUUGCGGUGCUCCCAUACUUUAGGCACCUCGAUUUUCGUUUGUACUAUCGAGAGUUCCUCAUCAACGACAUGCGACAUUACUUUCGCUGUCUGCUCAACGGUCUGGCUCAUGUGCACAAGGCGGGAAUCUUACACCGCGACAUCAAACCCACCAAUUUCCUCUAUGACCACACAAAGAGGCAGGGUGUCCUGGUCGACUUUGGGCUGGCUGAGAGGCAAGGGACUGACUGGCAACCAUGCCUCUGUACUGAGUCCAGGGAAAGAAGAAGAGAUAAGUUUAUCAACUCUUAUGCAGUCCAGGUCCUGCAGUCCUCUCCCGAGCAGAUGUCGACAGGGUAUCCUAAGAAUGAUAGCCGGCCGUCUCGAAGGGCAAACAGAGCAGGGACCCGAGGUUUUCGAGCACCCGAAGUCUUGUUGAAAUGCACCUCCCAGACCACCAAAAUCGACAUCUGGUCAACCGGUGUGAUCCUCCUGACCCUCCUGGCUCGCCGAUUUCCCUUCUUCAACAGCGCCGACGACGUUGAUGCCAUGAUUGAAAUGGCUUCGAUAUUUGGCCGGAAGAAGAUGCAAUCUGUUGCCGCAAUGCAUGGCCAGCUCUUUGAAACCAAUAUUGAGACCAUUGGCGAACGUGGUUUUACUUUUGAAAAGAUCAUCAUCUGGGCGAGUUGCCGCGAGAAAGAGCAAGACACCCUUCGACCAGGAGAGGCUCAAGCAGUGGCGUUCCUGCACGGCCUUCUCGAACUCGACGCUGGGAAACGAUGGUCGGCAAGGGAGGCAUUGCAACACGAGUUCCUCACCUCGCCUGUUGAGGACGAGGAGGAACGAGCGGAGAGAGAAGCGCAAGAAGCAUAUGAAGAAGAAAUGAGAGCAGCACGUCGGUGA